AUGACGUCAUCUGACCAGGUGAAAAUACACAGCCUCAACGGUCUCCAAAUCUACAAAACAGCCGGUCAGGUUGAGCGCAGCACGCACACUCAGUCUGAUCCCCACCGCCAGCCUCCCUUUGUAUGCGGAGUAGCCGGCAUUUUGGAUCCCUGCCGUGGUGCCACAUACAUAACUCUCUCCGAUAGGACUUGAGGCUUGGCGGGAAGGCUGUAUCGAGUUCGCGCACUGCUGUUCUUCCACAUUGACCGUAAGCCUGACAUCAACUUCUUCUGCUGCACAAUCGAAUCCAGGUGUGUGAGUGUGCUGGUUGGACACAAAGUGUCUCUCGUCGAGUACCACACCAAUAAGAUCCACCACUACUGCUCAACACGAAGAUGUGUACUACUCACUGAUGCUGCUGCUGCCCUUGCUGAAGGAUACUCUACAACAUGGCUACGACACACCGGAGAAACACAGGGAAGUCUCGUGCUGCUGCUUGAUGGGGCAGCCAAUGAUUGCAUAGACCCGAUGACUUGAUCUAUUCAAAAUGUUCGCCACCACCUUUCUUUUAUUGCCUCGCUCCUACUCCACCAAGACUGAUUACCCUCCAUUCAUUUGCAAAAGCACUGCAAUCUCUCCCCUCCCAUGUAGUACUUAUAUCACAACCUCCUCUGAUACAUCCCGUCAUUACUCGACACGCAAGGUAGCAAACAUCACGUGAUGGUUUUUUUAAAAUAUCGAAAAGAGCGGGAAAGCAACAAACAGUCGACAUGUUUUGAGAUUCAAAUUCUGUUUGCAAACAUGUACGAUUGUGUAUGUAUGUUUGUUUUUCCUCAUAAUGUACGACACAGCACAAGACUUACCUCCGUUUCCUCUCUCCUACACAACCAAGUUUACUGCCCAUACACACGCAAGAGCACUGCAAUCACUCUCCCCCCAUAAUGCAUACUUUUCGUCACAAUCUCAUUUGAUGAGUCUCAUUAUUACUCGUCAUACACGCAUAUCAAACAACACCAUGGGUAGAGUUGAAAAUCAAAUUGAGCGGGAAAUCAACAACCACCUGACUGACCUGUUCAGAAAUUCAAAAAAUAUAUAUACAGCAUCGAACGGGUAGUCUUUCUGUGUGUAUAUUUGUGAUUCCGAAUAUGUACAGCAGUAGCCUUUAUGAGUGUUGUUGUUGUUGUCUUCACAUUAAAAACCAUCCCGGUCUCUCUAUCCAGUACCUCCUUCUGUCUCAAUCUCUCCGUACUAAUUCAUCACUUGACUCGGCCAAUUUCCGUGGUCACAGGCUAACGUACCUAGAAAAGGUAUACCAAAAUAAAAUGGACCCCAAGGGUCAGCAGAGCGAUAAAAUACAAGAAAACAAAAUAUAAUCAGAAACAAAUAAAAUAAAAUAAAAUAAAUAAUUAGACUAGUGUAUAUUUGUUUUUUCAAAUAGGUACAACAACUACUGCUGUAAUAAACAGUACUUUGUAGUAAAUAGAUAAACUAACGUAUGUCGGUUAUUGCAUACUGCUGUAGCCUUUCUGCACGUAUACUUGUUUUUCCUAAAUACUGCUGUAAAAAGCCCCCCUCGAACGACUAUGAAUUUCGCUCGAACAGGGAGCUUUUAUGUGUUUAACGGGUAGUCUUUCUGUGUGCAUAUUUGUUUUUCCUAAUAUAUAUACUAGUAUGUAUUUUUCUAGAUUAAACCAGCAACUACUGUCAACAUGACAUAUUGCGCCGUGUUCCCUGUGCAGGCCACAUGUAAAUGUACCUACGCAGAUGUUUUUGUGCUAAGCACCAACUGGUAUCACUGAUAUAAAUCAUCAGUGUAUAGGCUUAAACAAACUCGAAAUAAGUCAAGUACCCAGCUGGUUUUCCUCUACUCACUGUAAAGACUUCAACACAUCCCCUUCGAGUGUAGUUAUACCUCGAACGGGUAGUCUUUCUGUGUGUAUAUUUGU